UAUCUUUUUCUCUCUACGCACCGCAGUACGUCCAUAUCCAUCCACUUAGCAACGCACUAUUUCCCAAAUUAGCUUAACAUUAUUUCGAAAAUAUUCGACGAAUUGGGAUUGAAAUUUAGGACAAAACAUUUCUUUCGACGUAUUUAUCAAUAUCAUUGAAAGAAAUUAUUGUUUCUACGGGUAAAUCAUUCUCAUUGUGGGUAGAGGGAGCGGCCAUUGGCGGACGAUUUACCGGUUGAUGGGCAGUGACGAGGUUUAGCAACUGUUGCCUUGAGAAUAAACGCCAUAGCCACCGUAGUCCUGGCGACUGUAACCCGCCAACUACAAGGCAUUGGAUUUAUAUUGAGAGGCAUCACAGUCGUUCAAGAUGCAAUCAAUCAGUGCGACUACUCAGCAGCAACAGAUCUCAGCGCCGACCAUCAUCACCACACACCAGGCACAGCAUCAGCCCAGCACGCAGACCAUACAGGCCCAGCAGUUUGUACAAGUCGCAGCCCCAGUUACUGAGCCAGUCAAGGAUGUCCCCUCGGCUGGCACCACAGUGACCCUGCAGACCAUCCCCGUCAGCCAGGCCUCCCAGCAAGGGGUGUACCAAGGACACGUGCAGUACGUAGACGGGGGCGAUCACACAAGUUCCAUCUAUGCUAACGGCGCUAUGGCAAACUAUCCUUACAGUGAGGCCACAACGAUGUACACGCAGGCCACUCCGGCCGGUGGGGCCACGUACUACUCCUCGGGGCAGGCACUCACCUCUGGAGCACUUGGAAGCAUCCAGACCCUGGGUGGCUCCAACAUGUCCGUGGGUGGAGCCAUCGUUGGAGGGAACCUCAUCGGAGGGGGCUUGCUCGGAGGGCCACAACUCAUCACCCAGCAGGGGAACACGUACUUGUUACAGGGUCACACCAUGGACGGUAAUGGGCACCCUCUCACGCACACCACUCGUGCAUCCCCUGCAACAGUAAGAACAGUCCAGUGGCUGUUGGACAACUACGAGUGCGCAGAGGGUGUCAGCUUGCCCCGAAGUACUCUCUUCAAUCACUACAUGCGACAUUGUCAGGAACACAAAAUUGACCCGGUCAAUGCUGCUUCCUUUGGCAAGCUAAUACGGUCGGUGUUCCUCGGGCUUCGAACCAGGAGAUUGGGAACUAGGGGGAACUCCAAAUAUCACUACUAUGGCAUCCGCAUCAAAAGCUCCUCACCACUCAAUCAGUACCAAGAAGAGAGUGGCCACACGGCCAUGAGACAACAGCCAAUCAACUCCGCCAAGAGAUUCAAGCCGUCUCCGUUAGGCGGCAAGCCCGAUGGCACAGAGGGCGGAGGGGCAAUAAGUGGAAGUGGCGGUGCCGCCCAGGACCCCGUACAGACCCAGACCCAGCAGCACCAGCAGUUCCUGGGUGAUGCCUCCAUGGCACUGCCUGAUUUCGGGGAGCUUAAGUUUGGUUCUACGCCUCUUCCAGAUGGAGUGACGCAUGAUGACGUAAAAGCCUUCCAGGCGCUCUACAGAGAGCACUGUGAGGCCAUUCUUGAUGUGGUCGUUAAUCUCCAGUUUGCUCUUAUUGAAGCCUUGUGGCAAACAUUUUGGAGGAAUCCACCCGCCGACGCACAGCAAAGUGAGGUAGACGUCGAGAAAAGACUUCCCAAAGCCAAGCUGGCCUCCUUAUGCCAGAGCAAUCCAGUCCAAGAGUAUGUGAAACACUACGACCACGUACUGUACCAGGGAUUAGUGGAGGUCCUAAUACCGGACGUGCUACGGCCAAUACCAAGUGCCUUGACACAAGCUAUUCGCAACUUUGCGAAAACGUUAGAGACCUGGUUGAAGAACAGUAUGACUGGCAUCCCACAAGACAUGAUCGGUCUUAAGGUGGGUGCAGUGACCGCCUUUGCUCAGACCCUCCGUCGUUACACCUCCCUCAAUCACUUAGCACAGGCUGCGAGAGCCGUGCUGCAGAACACAUCGCAGAUCAACCAGAUGCUGAGUGACCUCAACAGAGUAGACUUUGCCAAUGUACAGGAGCAGGCAUCCUGGGUGUGUCAGUGCGAUGACCAGAUGGUCCAGCGUCUGGAGCAGGAUUUCAAGUCUACCCUACAGGAUCAGAACUCCCUGGAGCAGUGGGCUGCCUGGCUGGAGGGGGUGGUGACCGAGGUCCUGGAACCCCACGAGAACUCCCCAAACUUUGCCAAGGCAGCGCGGCAGUUCCUGCUGAAAUGGUCAUUUUACAGCUCCAUGGUGAUACGUGACCUCACACUCCGCAGUGCCGCCAGCUUUGGGUCGUUCCAUUUGAUACGCUUGCUGUACGACGAGUUCAUGUUCUACCUGAUUGAGCACAGGGUAGCGGCGGCGACGGGAGAAACCCCUAUUGCUGUAAUGGACAAGGUAGACGCCUCGGCUGAACUAGCCAUGAACAACUCACUGCCAACCACCAACAACAUCAACACCACCGCCGGCAACACCAACACCAUCAUUGUCAACAUCCCCACCACAUCAGCCGUGAACUCAGUCGUCAAAGUAGUCAACAGCAAAUGAGAGCCAGUCGUGUGUGCUAUAUUAGACCCCUCACAAAACCCUACAGGUACAUAAUUUAUUUAUUAAGUCAGCUCAUUGCGUGUUUUGGCGAUGUUCUGGGCACGUUUUUUUUUCGUAUGGGAGGAAAGUUGGGCUUUUACUUCGCGUGAGGUACUCA